AUGGUUCUCUAUAUAAAUAAAACCACCGUCCUCACCAAUCUUCAAAGAGGUAAUACAGAAGCCACAUUUUGUCCCGUUGAAGUCAAACUAUCAUUUCAUGAACGGGCCGGACAAGGUGAACUGACAGAUGAACAAAUUUUACAGCAGAAAGCCAUAAAUAUCGACUUUAAAGAUAGUUUCGGGUUUACACCUUUGCAUUGGGCCUGUUACUAUGGCCAAUUUGCCACAGUGCAAUCAUUAGUUGAGGCCGGGGCCAAUAUCAAUGAAGAGGCCCCGGAAAUGGUUACCCCUUUAAUACUUGCCGCCUCGGGUGGUCAUCAUGAAGUUGUCCGGCUACUUUUGGAUAAGGGUGCUGAAUCUACACAUAUGGAUAUUGUGGGUAAUACAGCUUUAAUGUAUGCCGCUGCUGGUAAUCAUCCGCAUACUUGUAAUGAGAUAUUAUCCCGUGACCCGGAUAUGACGGCGACAAAUGAAAAUGGUGAUACGGCCUAUGCUUUGGCCAUAGAGAAUGGUUCCACCCUAUCACAAGCUGUCCUAGAACAAUAUUUAACUGCAGUUUUGUCAUUAUGA